UCCGCAACGUUUCACACCCUCCAGCCCUGACGCGUCCGGUCCAUUGUACGUGGUGUGAUUCGCGCGCUCGGCCGGUGGGGUUAACUCGAACGCGGUCGGAUCGGUACGGUGAUCGUGCGGUGCGCAAGGGAAACGUUGCCGCGACUUGCUUUGCGACGAGUUGAUAAAGGCUGACGAACGUGAUAACGCGGGCCCGACAUCUUACCCGGACGGUUCCGAGUGCCGAACGUUCGACGCCAGUAUGCAGCCCAGCAACAAGGUCGAGCGCGUGCUCCGCCAGGCCAUGGACACGUUCUACGGGCCCGCGGACGGUUUCCAAGACCGGUUGACCGCGCUGACGACCGUCCUCAACGGGCUGGUUGCGAGCGACGUCGGUCUGGACGCGAGGCUGUUGCACAGCGACAUGUACCAGCUGGACGCCGAGGACGCCGAGAACUUUGCGGGUCCGUCGGUGGCCGCGGCCGUGCGCCGUCGCCAAACGCCUGUCACCUACAUCAACGUGUACGAGGAUCGGUUGAUGGCCGCCAGCGUGUUCGUGCUCAGGGACCGGGCCCGGAUACCGUUGCACGACCAUCCGCAUAUGCACGGACUGAUGAAGGUGUUGGCCGGCCGUAUCAGGGUGCAAAGCUUCAACACCCAGCAAUUGGACUGCAACCGGACCAGGGUGACCCACGUCGGUGCUGAAAAACUCGCUCCGGUAAUCAUGGGGCCCGAUGACUACACGAACGUGUUGCGCCCGCAGCACGGCAACAUUCAUCAGGUGGAAACCGUCGACGGUCCGGCCGCGAUCUUCGACUUGUUGGUACCGCCGUACGACACUUGCGCCCCGGAAACAGGCCCACGCCGUUGCAGGUUUUUCAAGGAAAUGCACACCAGCAAAGGCUUACAACUGACCGUCGUUUCCCAGCACAAAGGUUAUUGGAACGACGUGGCUCCGUAUAAGGGCCCGUCUAUUUCAUUGUACUCUAAUCAACAAAACGCUAUUUAAUUACCAUUCCAUAUAAGGGAUUACAUUUAAUCAAUCUAACUCUUUUUAUUGUAAUUGAUCACAAGACUGGAGGUUUUUCAUUUUCACUCCACCCACAUAUUGCAGCCAACUACACUAAAUAUUUUUUUCUACGAAGAAGAGUGUUAGUUAUUUUUAAAAAAAGGCAUAUUUACUCGAAUGUAUGAUU